AUGGACAAUGGCGGAAGCAACAAGGCGGAACUCGCAGCGGUCGACGAACUAUCCAAUCGCACACGAUCCGGCAGCGCAAGCAGCGGCCAUAAACGAAGUCUCUCUGGCUCCCUCCUCUCCCGACUAUCCUUCCUCCGCAUGAGCCAAGCCACCCAAUCGGAAUCGAGUCCGCACGCCAUGGAACAACAUGGCGAAGGCAACGCCGACGACCACCUCAACUCCAACAUCCCCCCAAUGAACAGCGAGAAGUCAUCCAGCGCCAAGGCAAUGUCAGCAGCGAUACAGCAACAGCGCCGAACACGGAGGCGGCGGGGCUCACUGCGCAAGACGGCACUGCUGGGCACAAGGCUGGAAUCAAGAGAUAAACGCGCAGCGGCGAGGGGGGCAUCUGCGGAGACCAUUCGAGGAGGCGGGGAGCCAACUCGACCGCAGGCAGAGGAUGUGCCGCGCUCACUACGAGAACAAACCUCCCCUCCCCUCCCAGGCGAUUUCAAUACCACGAGACGCGGCUUCGGCGAGGAAGAUGGCGCCGAUGCGCAGCCGAGCUGGUUCAGCACGAAUACAGCGCGAAAGAUUCUCCGAUCCUCCGGUGUGCGCCAGAGGCAGGGAUUACCGCCGCAGAACAACGGCGCAAACAAUAAUACCAAGAAUCAUAUGCUGGGCGAUGAGAUCGGCACGGACGAUGAGGAGCUUGUUUCUUUCCCGCGGAUUGGCGCGAAUAUUGGGUCUAAUGGCAAUGCUUCGAGUAAAAAUCCUGUUGCGGGUUCUCUUCACAUUCCGACUCAAUCGUCUGGGUCUGAUGGCUAUGGAUAUCCCCCUCUCUCGGUGGAUGCCGCGUACCGACCUGUUCAUCGCAAAGCAUCGCCGUUAUCGACGCACUCGGCGGAGAUGAAGAGUAAUUCUGGCGAUAUAACGUGGGAUUAUUCGGAGACGGAGUGGUGGGGGUGGAUUAUUUUGGUUGUGACUUGGUUGGUCUUUGUCGUGGGGAUUGGGAGCUGUUUUGAAGUUUGGAGCUGGGCUUGGGAUGUUGGUGAGACGCCGUAUGCGCCGCCGGAGUUGGAGGAUGAUCCUACAUUGCCGAUUGUUGGGUAUUAUCCUGCGCUGAUCAUUCUUACGGCUGUCAUGUCAUGGGUUUGGGUCAUUGUUGCUUGGGUGGGCAUGAAGUAUUUUAAGCAUGCUAAUAUUUCUGGGGAUGAUAGUUGA